CACAUGUGGACCUGUGAGGUUAGGACCUGGCUGGAACGAGUCGUCACAGAUAAACUGUGCUAUCAGUUGUACAAAGAGGUAGUGUUAUAGUUGUCACAUAUAUACUGUGAUAUCAGUUGUACAAACAGGUAAUGUUGUAGUUGUCACAUAUAUACUGUGCUAUAAGUUGUACAAAUAGGUAAUGUUAUAGUUGUCACAUAUAUACUGUGCUAUAAGUUGUAAAAAGAGGUAAUGUUGUAGUUGUCACAUAUAUACUGUGCUAUCAGUUGUAAAAAGGGGUAAUGUUGUAGUUUUCACAUAUAUACUGUGCAAUAAUUUGUACAAAGAAGUAAAGUUAUAGUUGUCACAAAGGCGUUUCAUAAUUAUAUAUCUCAUAUCAACAGGUACCAAAAAACAUGUCAUAGUUUCAUGUACAAUAAAAUCACAAAACUAUGUACACCAGGAUCUGGUUUGAGUACGUCCCAGCUUCCGCCUAGUUCUAAUGAGGGAGACCUUUAUGUGACAGACAGCUGUGAUAGUUACCCAGAAUUCAGGUACGAUUAUAAUUCACCUGUUACAUCAACAUACUAGUAAAGAACAUUCUUAUAAUCAAAGUAUAACGUCAAAUUUAAUUAAUAUUUGUUUUUAUGUUGACAGCGUAUUUAGUUGUUACAUUAUUAGUAAUUAAUCCCAAUUCUCUGUGUUGAUAGCGUAUUUAGUUGUUACAUUAUUAGUAAUUAAUCCCAAUUCUCUGUGUUGAUAGCGUAUUUAGUUGUUACAUCAUUAGUAAUUAAUCCCAAUUCUCUGUGUUGAUAGCGUAUUUAGUUGUUACAUUAUUAGUAAUUAAUCCCACUUCUCUGUGUUGAUAGCGUAUUUAGUUGUUACAUUAUUAGUAAUUAAUCCCAUUUCUCUGUGUUGAUAGCGUAUUUAGUUGUUACAUUAUUAGUAAUAAAUCCCAUUUCUCUGUGUUGAUAGCGUAUUUAUUUGUUACAUCAUUAGUAAUUAAACCCAUUUCUCUGUGUUGAUAGCAUAUUUAGUUGUUACAUCAUUAGUAAUUAAUCCUAUUUCUCUGUGUUGAUAGCGUAUUUAGUUGUUACAUCAUUAGUAAUUAAUCCCAUUUCUCUGUGUUGAUAGCGUAUUUAGUUGUUACAUUAUUAGUAAUUAAUCCCAUUUCUCUGUGUUGAAAGCGUAUUUAGUUGUUAUAUUAUUAGUAAUUAAUCCCAAUUAUCUGUGUUGAUAGCGUAUUUAGUUUUUACAUCAUUAGUAAUUAAUCCCAUUUCCCUGUGUUGAUAGCGUAUUUAGUUGUUACAUCAUUAGUAAUUUAUCCCAUUUCUCUGUGUUGAUAGCAUAUUUAGUUGUUACAUUAAUAGUAAUUAAUCCCAUUUCUCUGUGUUGAUAGCGUAUUUAGUUGUUACAUUAUUAGUAAUUAAUCCCAUUUCUCUGUGUUGAUAGCGUAUUUAGUUGUUACAUCAUUAGUAAUUAAUCCCAUUUCUCUGUGUUGAUAGCGUAUUUAGUUGUUACAUUAUUAAUAAUUAAUCCCAUUUCUCUGUGUUGAUAGCGUAUUUAGUUGUUACGUCAUUAGUAAUUAAUCCCAUUUCUCUGUGUUGAUAGCGUAUUUAGUUGUUACAUCAUUAGUAAUUAAUCCCAUUUCUCUGUGUUGAUAGCAUAUUUAGUUGUUACAUUAUUAGUAAUUAAUCCCAUUUCUCUGUGUUGAUAGCGUAUUUAUUUGUUACAUCAUUAGUAAUUAAUCCCAUUUCUCUGUGUUGAUAGCAUAUUUAGUUGUUACAUCAUUAGUAAUUAAUCCCAUUUCUCUGUGUUGAUAGCAUAUUUAGUUGUUACAUUAUUAGUAAUUAAUCCCAUUUCUCUGUGUUGAUAGCAUAUUUAGUUGUUACAUUACUAGUAAUUAAUCCCAUUUCUCUGUGUUGAUAGCAUAUUUAGUUGUUACAUUAUUAGUAAUUAAUUCCAUUUCUCUGUGUUGAUAGCGUAUUUAGUUGUUACAUCAUUAGUAAUUAAUCCCAUUUCUCUGUGUUGAUAGCGUAUUUAGUUGUUACGUCAUUAGUAAUUAAUCCCAAUUCUCUGUGUUGAUAGCGUAUUUAGUUGUUACAUUAUUAGUAAUUAAUCCCAUUUCUCUGUGUUGAUAGCGUAUUUAGUUGUUACAUCAUUAGUAAUUAAUCCCAUUUCUCUGUGUUGAUAGCGUAUUUAGUUGUUACAUUAUUAGUAAUUAAUCCCAUUUCUCUGUGUUGAUAGCGUAUUUAUUUGUUACAUCAUUAGUAAUUAAUCCCAUUUCUCUGUGUUGAUAGCAUAUUUAGUUGUUACAUUAUUAGUAAUUAAUCCCAUUUCUCUGUGUUGAUAGCAUAUUUAGUUGUUAAAUUACUAGUAAUUAAUCCCAUUUCUCUGUGUUGAUAGCAUAUUUAGUUGUUACAUUAUUAGUAAUUAAUUCCAUUUCUCUGUGUUGAUAGCGUAUUUAGUUGUUACAUCAUUAGUUAAACUUUAAUAUUAUUAUUAUUAAAAGCGUUUACCCAAUACCGAUGCAUUUUUUAUUAUUAAUAUUUUGAUCACAGCCCCAAAAGAAAAAGACACGCCUAUGUCAAAGUUAUCUUGCUCAACCAUUUCCUUCAGACGGUUUGAACACAGUCCCUCACAUUUUAAUCAUUAGCUUUUUAUAUGAAUGUCAUAAUUAAAUCCUGAUGGUAUUAUUUUAAAAAAUGCAUCGAUUAUGGCAUCAUUUUAAUGUAUCAUUCAAUAUGUUACUUAUAAAAAUUUAAAAAAACUAAAUGUUCCAGCUAUAAAAGCUGAAAAUUGUUCUAGUGGCCUAGUUGUAGGGUCUGAAUGGCCAGGUUGGAGAGUUUUGCGACCAAGCUUGAGAGUCUGGUAGCCCAGUUGGGGAGUCUGGUGGCUCGUGUGGAGAGUCUGGUGGCCCGUGUGGGGAGUCUGGUGGCCCAGUUGGGGAGUCUGGUGGCCCGUGUGGGGAGUUUGGUCGACAAAUCUCUAUUUUUUUCACACCGUUAAAAUCCCUUAUUCCUGUUGAUUUAAAAAACAAAUUAAAUCUUUCGAAUGAUCUCGGUUUGAGCUUAGUCCAAAAUAUGUCAUUUAAAGGUUGGCCCUUUUCAUUUUCUUCAUGUUAAAAUUAAAGUUUAUCUUUGAAAGCUUUAACUCGUUCUGUAAGUGGCCAAAGUUAUAACUUAAAAUAAGCCCUUUUAAAGGCAGUUAAUUAAAUAGCCAGGUAAAUUUAAAACAUGUUAAAAGGUUAAGAUAACACCGUAUCAAUAAGUUGCCAAAGUUAUCGCUUAAAGGGGACCAUUUAAUAAUCCUUUACAUAAAUUUCCCAAGAAACAUUAUAAUUAGUAAAUUGGUUUAUGGGCCUCAGUGUUAAGAGUUGUAAUAAUAUUUUGGAGUCCUAUAGACAACCUAAGUUGAAAACAUUGACAUUGACUUUGCUAUUUCUUAGAAAAUAUAAAUAUCAACUUUGGGAAACGUCAAGUCUAUAAUAUGUCCAACAUAUCAAAAUUGGAAAAUGUCAGCACCAUAAGUCCAAUAAAUAAACUUUUACAAAUGUCAGCAGUAAAUGUCCAAUUGAUCAACUUUUAAAAAUGUCAGCAGUAAAUGUCCAAUUGAUCAACUUUUAAAAAUGUCAGCAGUAAAUGUCCAAUUGAUCAACUUUUAAAAAUUUCAGCAGUAAAUGUCCAAUUGAUCAACUGUUGAAAAUGUCAGCACCAUAAGUCCAACAAAUAAACUAUUGAAAAUGUCAGCACUAAAUGUUAAUUUGAUCAACUGUUGAAAAUGUCAGCAGUAAAUGUUCAAUUGAUCAACUGUUGAAAAUGUCAAUAAUCUAUGUCAUAUACAUCCAUUUUUUUAAAAUGUGAGCACUAUUUGUACAAUAAAUUAAAUUUAGUAAGUGUCAGCACUAUAUGUUCAAUCAAUUAAUAAGACACGAACAAUAGAUCAAUUUUGAACAAAAAAAUCUCAGCACUAUAUUUCCAAUGGAUUCAAUUAUUAUUUAAGUGUCAGCACUAAAUGUCCAAUAUUUUUUUUGUGUCUAGAAUGAAAUUUAAAAAAAUACUAUUUAUUUUGCUAUAUUUUAAAAGUAAAUAAGUAAAUUUAAAGUAAGUUUUUUUAAACACUAUUGAUCGGUGGAAGAGCUGGGGGAAUAUACCCACCAGUUUUUACUUGUAGAAGUGCCCCAUCAAAACACUUUAGCCAACACUUUGGAACACCCUUCCUGUCGCUAUCAGAAACAGACAGACACUGGAAUCUCCCAAAACCAAUUUUAAAACAAUCUACUUUGCAAACAUCAUCUGGGGUGAUGCUGUCUACCAUCUUUUCCAGCUAGCUAUUAUCUCCUAGAUGUAUAGUGGCUUGUGUUGUUUAUAGUUGAAUGGGAUGAAAGAUUUUGAAUGGCUUUGGCUCGUUUUUUGUUUUUGUAGUGUUGCGUGUUGUGUUUUAAUGUGGUCAAAUAAAGAUUGUUUCAUUUCUCUUUUAAUAUGGUGGACUUUGUACCGUGCUUUGAGCUUUUGGGGAUGAAACGUGAUUUUUUAACAAAAAUAAACUUUAUUAUUAUUAUUUAUAAAAUAGGUGCCCUAUCAAAAUACUUAAGAUUAACAUGGCUGACGUCACAAAGUUACCUAUCAGUUAAGUCAAGCAAUGGGCCAUAACCUUUAGACCUACCAGUUUUUACUCGUAAAAGUGCCCCAUCAAAAUACUUUAGCCAAAUAUUAAGGUAGCGUUUCACAUAAUUUGUAAAUUGUUCAGUUGGCACGGUCAAAAAUGUGCCCAAAUUAUCACUGAAAAAGGAAAGGGGGUGUGGGGGAGUGCAGAAAACAAUUAAAAUUGGUCCCAUUAAAAUUCUUUUUUUACAAACCAAGAAAUUUAUCUUUUUUUUCUACUUUCUACACUGGCCUUAAGAAAAAGGGAUAUAUCAAAUAUUAGAGUGAAUCAUUUAAAGCAAAGCCCUAUCAAAAUAUCCUAACAAUAUUUUAUUUUUAAUCAAUUUGUUUAAUUUUUUUUUUUUACAUCAUCAAAUUCAUUUAUUUAAGUCCAUCUCAUCUUAGACCACAUUUUUUAUAUUUGUGAUCACCAUUACUUUUUUUUUGUAUCAUGAAAGUUUAUUAAACAAUGUUGGCCUUAUGUAUUUCAGUCAAUACUCCUACAACACCUCAACGACAUUCGCUGCAACCUUUAACGUUCCAGUCAACUACACACAAGCUGCAGUCACGUGCAAAUGUCUGGACUCACAUCUUUUCGUGGCCAAAACCGUGGAAAAAUACGCCCUCUUUUCUAAAAUGACCUCUGGGUGCACUUGGAUGGGUCUGGACGACAUCGAAGUGGAGGGUCAAUUCGUGUGGUCAGAUGACCAUCAGCAGAUUGACCAACUGACGAUGCAGACAUUAUCUUUUCAACCAGACAAUGCCGCUGGUCGACAAAACUGCGCCAGGGGCUGCAACGCUUGGCUCGACGACGAUUAUUGCCAUUUGCAAUAUCGAUUUAUUUGUGAGAAAUCAAACUCUCCUUGCUGAGAAGAGAACAAAGAUGUUUGUUAAAUAC